UUAGGCAACCAAAGAUACACUACCAAGUAUUUUAUUUGUAGAAUUUUGAAUUUUCCAUACUUUAUUUAUUAUUUUAUUGCUUAUUGUACUUUAAAAUCCCAAAAAGCAGAACAAGAAUAUUUUAGAACCAGACUUAAGAUAUUUCGUUACCACCUUGUGUUUAAGUUUUCUCCAUGCCUUCAACGAAAUCAUAAACAAUGGUAAUUUUAUAUGAAAAUAACUUGUUGUGGUGUGCCUUUUCUAGGAAAUUACUUGUAUUCCAUUCUUCAAAUGAACAUGAAGAAUUAGAAAUACCUGAACCAGAGUUACCGAAGGAAAGUGUAAAGGAGAAUAAUGGCAAAAAUAUUACUUGUAUUACUUCUUCCAAAGACAGUGAAUAUACAGCAAUUACAACACAAAACAAACAACUUAUUGUAUACAAUAAAGUUUUUAAACCUAUAAGAAACAUAAAAUUACCAAAAGUUGCAAAUAAAAUCUGCUUUGCUCCGAAUAAUGAACUUCUAGUUGCUGACAAAAAUGGAGAUGUAUGGGCUUAUAACGUAAACAUUGACAAUGAAAAACCUGUUUUAUUACUAGGACACUUAAGCAUAAUAAUAGAUAUGAUAAUAUCUCCCUGUGGAAAGUACAUUAUUACAUGUGAUAGAGAUGAAAAAAUACGUGUUUCACACUAUCCAAAUUCUUACAAUAUUGCAAUGUUUUGUUUAGGGCAUAAGGAGUUUGUAACUCAGCUUCAUCUAUUAAAAAAUAAUGUAUUGCUGUCCGCAUCAGGAGAUGGAACUGUUCGAAUGUGGAAUUACUUAGAAGGGAAGCAGUUAAAUAUGUUAGAUUGCAAUGAUCGUGUAGAAGAAUCCAUUUUGAAGAAAAUUGUAAAUGAAUUACAUAAAGAAGAAGAAAUUGAUAUUUCAAGAUUGCCAGUAUGUAACAUGCAAGUUCAGGAAAACGAUAAUAAUGUUAUACUAGCCAUAUCAUUAUAUAAAAUUCCAAAAAUAUAUUUAUACAAGUUAAAUUCAGAAAAUUUGAAAUGCAGUUACGUCAAUCAUAUAGAAGUGGAAAAAGAAAAUUUCAGCUUUUUCUUGAGCAGCCGAUUAUAUAUCAUAACAGAUAAAGUUACAGGAUAUAACUUUAACAAUAAUGAUGUUGAUUUGGUGGCAUGUAAAUUAUUAGAUGAAACUAUAUCAAGGUAUAAAGAUUUACUGAAUCAUAGCACGAAUUGUAGUACUUUAUUUUACAAAAAGAAGCACAAUAAUAUUGAAGACUAUUUGUUUAGGAAAAAGCAGAGGUUGGAGUCGAAAUAAUGUAAAUAUACAUUGAUUUUACAAACUAUAACUGUAUUUUCUUUGUUUAUCAUGGUUCCUAGCAAGGGUAAGUAUUGUUAAAUAUAUUUUUAAGUGAAUAAAAACACUGUAGAAUCCUUAUAAAAUUGUGACAUUUUUUGAAACAUUAGUGAAACUUUUGAACACACUUAAGGGAAUAAUGAAUAAUAUAAAGGAUCCAAGAGAAAAACUUGAUAAGCGCCAAUUUCUUAAGUUGUUAAAUCCUGAUAUGUCUAGUAAAACUAGAAUAUAUGGAAAGAACCUGAUAACCACCAGCCGUCCAGUACUCAUGUAAAAUGGCGCUUGUUUUUCGCCUGGACUAUGCUAAACAGAAAGCCUGUUCUGUGAUACAGUAAAAACAUAAUAUAACUACUAAAAAU